GGCCAGGCCAGGAGGUUGGACUAGGACGGCCGGGAGUCCCUUUGUCCCCGUGUCGCGGCGAGGGGGCGGGGCCGCGCCGGUUCCACCCCGGAAGCGGAAGCGCGGGCACCGCGGGGUCCUGUCCAGUGUGCGCUUGGCCCGUGCGCCAGCCGUUCCUCCCGCCGGUCACAUCGCGCCCUUUCUUCUUCCCGUGUCCACUCGCCGGCCCCGCCAUGCUGUCUCUAGAUUUUUUGGACGAUGUGCGGCGGAUGAACAAGCGGCAGCUCUAUUAUCAAGUCCUAAAUUUUGGAAUGAUUGUCUCCUCGGCACUAAUGAUCUGGAAGGGGUUAAUGGUCAUAACUGGAAGUGAAAGUCCGAUUGUAGUGGUGCUCAGUGGCAGCAUGGAACCUGCAUUUCAUAGAGGAGAUCUUCUCUUUCUAACAAAUCGAGUUGAAGAUCCCAUACGAGUGGGAGAAAUUGUUGUUUUCAGGAUAGAAGGAAGAGAGAUUCCUAUAGUUCACCGAGUCUUGAAGAUUCAUGAAAAGCAAAAUGGACAUAUCAAGUUUUUAACCAAAGGAGAUAAUAAUGCGGUUGAUGACCGAGGCCUCUAUAAACAAGGACAGCAUUGGUUAGAGAAAAAAGAUGUUGUGGGGAGAGCAAGGGGAUUUGUUCCUUAUAUUGGGAUUGUGACGAUCCUCAUGAAUGACUAUCCUAAAUUUAAGUACGCUGUGCUCUUUUUGCUGGGUUUAUUUGUGCUGGUCCAUCGUGAGUAAGAAGUCUGCCUUGCUGUUCCUGGAAGAUGCUGUACUUUUUGUUACUGAAUGUUUGGAGUAGAUGCCGAUCUGUGGUUGGUGGAAUGGAGAAUAUAUGUCGGCGCUUCUUGGUAGCACUGGUUUGCAUUAGUUUAUGUUUCCACGCCAGAGCACGUGUGGGCGGGUGUGUGUGCACCACCACGUGCACUCGAGGGGACUUUGAGUCACAGAUUUUCAUAUGUUGUCACUGUCACACUUCGCAUUUUUGUACAUCAGUGAAUUUUUUAUAUUAAAAGGUUGAGCCAAAGCCCCCAGUGUUUGUAUUUUGAAGCCAAGCUUCACUUCUAAAGUGCCUACAGAAUUCUGUAAAUGAAAAUACAGCUCUGCCCGAGUUUGAAACUGCCAUUCCCCCUUCUAAUGGGAAUGGCGUAUACUGAGGUGGUCAUAGUCUUAACUUUUCAAAAUUUUAAAUAAAAGACUUUGCAUAUUGAAA